AUGGCUGCCAUCCCAGUCGUCGUGAAGCACCAGGGCAAACGCUACGAUGUCGAGCUCGACCCAGCGUCAAAUGGCGAAACCUUCAAGUUCCAACUGUUCUCCUUGACCGGUGUCGAACCAGAGAGACAGAAGAUCCUGGUCAAAGGUGGCCAGCUCAAGGAUGAAACGGAGCUUUCAUCGCUCAAGGCGAAACCUGGACAGACCUUUAUGAUGAUGGGAACUCCAUCGGGAGCUGAAGGCUCGGCCAUCCUGGCUCGGCCCAAGGAGUCGGUCAAGUUCUUGGAGGAUAUGACUGAGGCGGAAGCAGCGCAAGCUGAGGGAGCAACCCCGGCAGGUUUACAAAAUUUGGGGAAUACUUGUUAUUUAAACUCGACUUUGCAGACCCUACGAGGCAUACCUGAACUUCAGCAGGAACUUCUGCGUUAUAGCGCGACCAGUUCUUCUGAUGCGGCUUCUCGUCUGGGUGAUCUAAGCACGCUCGGUCUUGGAGCGCUUGGUGGAUCCUCGGAUCUUACCGCCUCAUUGAGAGACUUGUAUAAACAAAUGUCUGAAACCCAGGAAGGGUUUCCGCCGCUCAUGUUCCUAAAUGUCCUGCGAAAUACAUUCCCACAAUUCGCGCAAAAGGCACAAAACGGUCACGGAUAUGCACAGCAGGAUGCAGAGGAGGCCUGGUCACAGAUCUUGACUCAGCUGCGCCAGAAAUUGAAGGUCAAAGAAAGUGGCAAUGACGUCUCCUUUGUUGAUAAAUUCUUGAGCGGUAGUUUUGAGUCUACCCUUGAAUGCGACGAACCAGCGGCAAAAGAAGGUGGCGAAGAGCCAGUCACGACGUCCGAUGUUUUUCUCAAGCUAGACUGCCACAUCGACAAGGAUAUCAAUCAUCUGGGUGACGGAAUUAGGGCCGGUCUGGAGGAGAAGAUUGAGAAGAGGUCAAGCAUCCUAGGACGGGAUGCCAUAUAUACCAAAAAGUCUCGCAUAGCGCGACUUCCUAAAUAUUUGACGGUUCACUUCGUCCGUUUCUUUUGGAAGAGGGAGAGCCAGAAAAAGGCCAAGAUCAUGCGCAAAGUCACUUUUCCGGCCGAGCUUGAUGUUGUCGAAUUCUGUACGGAUGAGCUAAGAAAAAGGCUGAUCCCGGUUAGAGACAAAGUGCGUGAGAUUCGCAAAGACGAAGAGGAUGCAGAGCGCGCCCGGAAACGACAGAAACUAGCUCAUCAUCAAGAAGAGGAUGGCAAGGCAGAUUCCGAAUUAGGAAAAACCGCGGAACCAUUGCAGAAGAAAAAGGCAGCGGCUGAAUCAGAGGCCAACAAAAAUAACGAAAAGGAUGGCGAUAGUGCAAUGACUGACGUGUUCAAGUCUGACGAGGAAUAUGAGGCAGAACGCAGAGCCGCAAUUCUUCGGGCGAAGAAGGAGCUCUUUGAACUCAUUGAUCCAAGCCUGGCCACCGAUGAUGGAUCAAAUCAGUCAGGACUCUACGAGUUACGGGGAGUAAUUACUCAUCAGGGCGCCAGUGCCGAUAGCGGUCACUACACCGCAUAUGUCAAGAAACAGGGUCGACUUGUUGACGACGCGAGGGCCCCUAACGGCAAAAGACGCGAAGAUGAUGGCAAAUGGUGGUGGUUCAAUGACGACAAGGUAUCAGAAGUAGACGCGGAGAAGAUUGAGACGUUGGCGGGCGGAGGUGAAUCACACUCAGCAUUGAUUCUGCUUUACCGAGCUAUUGAUUUGCCUAGCAAAGACGAAUUACAGUCCGAGCAGUGA